AUGACAGUGGGACCGACCAGCGCUCUCACCAGAGUUCUUCUCGCAACCAUCGCCGCCCUCCUGACAUUCCAAUUGUUCACCAUAUACCAAGGCCGGCAUCAGGCGGCUCCUGUUCAGGAUCAAGCAGCCCCCCAAGUUCCCCAACAAGAUGAAGCAAGCUCGAACUUCCUCACCUGUACUGGCGAUCAAGGAGAUGACACAUGCUUUGACGCUCUUGUCGACUCGAUACCACCGUACCGGGACCUGGACGACGAAUGUCACGGAAAGCCAGAUGAGCCCCGACAGGAAGAAAAUUCCCGCUCUCCUCGGCUGGCUGUUGUGACUGCGCAAUUUGGUGCUGCGAAGCAGUACUACGAGGAGGCUCUGCGCACGCAAAUGAUGCUCAGCAAAGUACACAACUUUCGCCUGCUCGUGCUCCGCAGCAAGAUCACAGACGUCUUGUGGAACAAGCCUGCCCACAUACUCUCCAUCUUGCUGGAUGAGAUGGCCAAGCCCGAGGAUGAACGCCUCGAGUGGUUGCUCUGGGUCGACCGCGACGUGGUGGUCCUCGACAAGUGCCGCACGCCCGCCGCGUUUCUUCCUCCAUCCGCAGCUCUCGCAUCACGCGAUGACGAGCCGAAGACGGGGACAGAAGGGGUGAACAUGCUUGUCACCAGCGACUGGAACGGCUUAAACAACGGCAUCUUUCUGGUCCGCGUCGGACGGUGGAGCCUCGAUCUGUUCAGCGACAUCAUCGCGUACAGGCACUACAAUCCAGACAUCGAGCUCAAGUUCACGGAGCAGACCGCCAUGGAGCUUCUCCUGGCGGACGAGCGGUACCACGAGGCUGUGACCUGGGUGCCGCAGUGGUGGUUCAAUGCCUAUCCUGGCCCGCAAAAGCCCGACGACACAGAGAAUAAGGGCGAUACGAAGGAGUACCAUGCGCGCCGGGGCGACUUUCUGGUCCAUUUUGCCGGUGUGCCGCACCGAGGAGACGCCAUGCGCCCGUGGCUGGACCUGGCGGAAAGUGGUGACUGGGGGGAACGGAACAACACACCAGCCCGGGAUUUGGACAGCGAGAUUCAAGAAUUCUGGAGGAACCAAACAUCGAAGGAUGGGUAG